GUAGAACGAGAAAGAACAAGAAUGAAGCAGAGACAUAAGUUAAAAUUGCUUGACCAGAGGACAACAGGGACCCAGAGGGAACAAUGAAAAAAGUAACUGACACUCAGACACAAAAACAACGAAAGACAGACUGAAACAUAAGAUAUAUUCAGGAAGAAGGUGAAUAGCACCAGGACUCCAGCUGACCCGUACAGGACGAAUACAGAGGACCAAAUCACAAUGGACUAUGAACCAAAGAAAGCCAAGAAGGGAUUUGUAUCUCCUAUUAAGAGGCUGGUCUGGUCCAAAUCCAGUCGCAGACCAGUGGAUCGAGGCUGUGUUUACCGCCGCCCACUGCACACUGUCCCCCUCUACCCUCCAGACUACCUCAUCCACCCUGAAAGACUCAUCUUUGACUACAUAGAAAAGGAGGUCAAGUUCCUUGGUCACCUGACUUGGGUGUCAGUUUCACUGAACCCCUCCAGCCGAGAUGAGCUGCUACAACUACUGGACACAGCCAUGCAGUUGAAAGUGCUGCCACUGAAGACCAGCGUGGAUCAGGACUGUAUUCUGAGUCUGUCUGCUCGCUGUCUGCUGCUGACUUGGAGAGACAAUGAGAAGCUGCUGAUGAGGAUUCCCACACAUGAGAUCGCUGCUGCCUCUUACUUGCGAGAUGAUGCACUGCACCUGCUGGUCCUCAAGACAGGUCUGAACGUGGAUACUGUGGUCGCUGGGGAUGACAGUCUGGACAGAAAAAAGCCAAUAGGCAUCGAAGGGAGACGUCAAACCAUGAGCUGCAAUGCAGAUCCACGCCCUUCUGGGGGCACAAUGGAGCGACGACACACCAUCUGUGGACUUGACUGGAGGCCAUCACUUUCCAGGAGUAACCACGACAAAAACCAGAACAUGGAGAGAGGAUGUGGAGGAGGUGCAGGGGGAGAGAGAGGAGGAGGAGGAAGCCUAGAGAGGAAGAGAGUAGGAGGAAGCUGGGAAAGGAAGCCGCAAGCACGUAAAACAGGAGGGAGCUGGGAGAACCGCAGAGCAAGGCCUAUGAGUGGGAACUGGGGGUUGGGUCCAGGAGGUGGUGGUGGAGGGAGCUGGGAGAGGAGGCCUGGAGGAGCUGGGAGCUGGGAACGGAAGAGCUAUGGCAGCUGGGAGAGGAGGAACCACAACCCGCUGGAGCCCACGCCCUGCCCUGACGCCUACUGCAACCUGGUCAUCCUGGCUGUGGAAAACCGGGAUGCUGCAGAGGAGUACUGUUCUCUGAUCUGUCAAAUGUUCCAAAUCAUUUAUGGCCAUCAAACCAUUGAGUGUGUGGACAGGGCUGGGUUUCAUCACACCAUGCCGGACCGCUAUUGGCUGCAGAGGAGUGACAGCUGUCUGACUGACAUGUCCUACAGUUAUGACCCAGAGUUUAGCUGCUGCAGCUCAUAUGAUGGUUCCCAGGAUGCCUUUGAGCUCUACUACAGUGAGACAUACAGUGAGAGUUCAUCUCUGUCGCUGCAGGACUCCCAUCGUAGUCUGGCUUCAGCCAAUGAUGCAGGAGACAGCAACCCUGACCUGCUGCUGAUGCAGGAAUAUAUGAUCACUGUACGUAACAAGCUGAGUCCAGUGGAGUUGCAGCAGUUUGCAGUGCUGCUGAGAGAAUACCGACUGGGAUCAAACAUUGAACACUUCUGCUCCGAUCUGCUGCAACUGUAUGGAGACAACCGCAAGUUCCUGCUCCUGGGCAUGCGUCCCUUCAUCCCAGACAAGGACGUUGGGGUGUUUGAGAAUUUUCUGGAGAGUAUUGGGAUCCGAGAGGGCGGGAUUUUAACUGACAGCUUUGGACGCAUCAAACGCAGCAUGAGCAACACAUCAGCUACGGCCAUGAGAGGGUAUGACAACUGCUCCCUGGCCUCAGGAUCUCAGGAAUUCAACCGACGCAUCACUGACAUCACCCAUGACAUCCAGGCACUCGGCUUCCAGGACACACAUGGAGACAUUGAGGAGGAAGACUACUAUCUCUGAUGGAGGGCAAAGAGAAAACGAGAGAAAGUAAGAGUAAGAAAAUGAUCCUGUAAGACCAAAUAUGAAAAUUCAAAGAAAUUAUUAAAGAACAGUUAUGAUUCAUUUUCAGAGUAUUAUACAAUAGAUGCACAAUUAGACAAUACAAAUGUUAUUGUAAUUUGUUUUAAAAAUGAAUCACUGCUACUACAAUGAAAACUAAUACUAUCACCACUGACAAAUGUAUUUGUGUGUAUGUAUUUUGUUCAUAUAAAAACUUAGCCCGAGUGAACUAGAAUUUUCUUCUUGUGACUCUUAUUUAAAACAAAAAUGAAUAAAACUUUACUCUGGUCAUCAUUAUAAAAUACAUAAAAAGGAAAGCUAGACAUUUCCAGCAGGGGCAGUAGAGCUUUUUGUUCCAGGCUUCAUGACCCUUAUUGAUGAUGCAAAGCUUUUCCUUUUUGGAAGACAGCUUGUUGCUUGGGUUCACUGCAGCACACUGUGGCUCCUUCUUAUAUUGCUUCUGAAAGUCAAAGGUCAUGAGUCGUGAAUCUGGGAAUUCAAAAUGACUGUUUUUCUCAGUGGCUUUUGUACAUUUCUCAGAUCAGAAAUGAAAAUCUCUAAACUUGUUGUUCAACAUCCACAUCAUCCAGUCAUUUGUGCACAUUAUUUAAAUGUUUUCACAUUGUUUUUAACUGAUUGCAAAUGCUUUGGCAUGUUCAUGCAGCUGAUCAUGUUCAAUUGUCUGUUGUUUUCUACAUUAUCAGUUGCUUAUGUCAUGUUGAUCAAAAUGUAUUAUACUAUGUGUUAUCUGUUGAAUAGUCUGAUCUUCCACAACAUUUAGGCAUUAGUUCAUUUAAGAUGUCAUUAAAUGCCAAAUGGGGGAACUAGUUGUAUUUGUCAAGCAUAGUUCUAUACAGCUCUGUUAGACUUUUUUGCAACUUUGUCAGAAUUUUUGAAUUGCUCUAAAGUGAAUCUUGAUUUUCACUAAUGAAGGGGAUUGUGUGAAGCACAAGAUUAACCAAUGAUCUGCCAGUUCUCUACUGUAAAAUAGCUUAGAGGUGCAUCUCAUGAGCCUUCAACUGGUAAGCAUAUAUAUAUAUAUAUGUGUGUGUGUGUGUGUGUGUGUGUGUGUGUGUAGAAAGAGCACAACACAAUGUUACAGCUUCUGACAAUGAAAGAACAAGGAAAUGAAUAGUAUCAACUGCUGGGGAGAAGACGAAGAAGAAGAAGAGGGCUGCAUGGUGGAAGGGUACGGAGGUGAAACAGAGCAAGGGAGAGAAAGGGCCAAACACAUACAGUAAGCAUGUUCCCAAUGAAAUAUGGUCCAUACUUGUUGACCACAUUGUCAUUCAUGGCCUUACAAAGGCUGAGGCUGGUUGAAUGUUGGGAGAACAACUGUUCUGUCCAGGGACGUUUCUUCUGUUUACAUUUCUAAUGUUGCAUUUUUUUUCCCUUUGUGCUAUGCAGCGAUGUAAAAGUCUUUAUUUUCUGUAUCGCAAUAACAUCGCUGUAAAUCAGUAAAAGUGUAAUUGCAAAUACUGUCCAAUCUCCCACAUAGACUCACCACCCACUUUAUUAGGUCCAAUUGUACAAUUGCACGCACUUCAAUGCAACAUUCCCACCUUAACAUUGGUGUUUAUGAAG